UCCUCAAACACACUCAGACCUUCCAGUCCAGCAAACCGCCUCCCUCUGUCUCUCUCACACACAAACACACAGCCGCAAGCGAACGACUGUAAUCCAUUGAUCUGCUCUCCACAGCAGCGUAUGCAGAGCAGGAGCAAAGAGAACCAAAUCCGCACCGCUCUCAUGCAGCGCUACAUACUUCCUCUCCUCCUCAUCCUCGGGGUGAGGGACGGACUCGGGACCCCUCUGACAUCCAGCCCCGGCCCUACCGAGGCCCCCAGCGCGCCGCCGGACCCCUGCGAGGGCAGACCCUGUCUGAACGGAGGCGUCUGUAGUCGGGUGGGAGAGAUGGAGGAGAGUCCGAGCACACAGAUGCAGACUGACUACUGGGCUUAUGCCUGCAUCUGCGGACAGGGCUUCACUGGACAGAACUGUGAGUUUUUUGCAGAUCCAUGCGCCAGCAGCCCCUGUCUCCAUGGCAACUGUAGCCAGAACAGCGAGGGGGAUGGGUUUGCAUGCGAGUGCAGCGAGGGUUACAGCGGGGUUCGGUGUGACCUGCCUACCUUGACCUUUGACCUGUCCGAGUCCACCUGGGACCUCGCCGAGAGCCUCGUCCCAGAACAUGCCACGCCCGCCACACCUGCGACCACCACUCAAGUGUUCCAGCCAACCACAGUACCCGCCACUACUCAAGCUCCGCCCACCCUGGAGCCGUGGCGACCCAAACCGGGUCAGAAAGCGGUGGAGAUACUGUGGGAGGAUCAGCAGAUUACUGAUGAAGCCGAAUGUGUGAGUACCGCCGGAGGUGAGUCUGCCGGAAUGAUGACUGUUUCCAUGGAGGUCGCAGAGGAAACAGCUGUGAAAAUUCUUCCAGAUGCAUUGAUGAGUCUUUUAUUUGACCCUGUCUGGUUCUGUGUGCUGCACAUUGGUGCACCCUCUGGUCCGGAGGUCACUUUGAGGCUGCAUCUCAAUGUAAAAACCAAUAACUGUAUGGAGCCCGGCAUUGGAUUCAGCGACCCACAAUGCUCUGGGAAAGGAAAAUGCAUCACCCAGUCCUCUGUGGACACAUUUUACUGCCAGUGCGAUGAUGGGUAUUCUGGGAUCUACUGUGAGGAGUUUGACGCAUGCCACCUGAAGCCCUGCGAGAACAACGGCACCUGUACUGACCUCAGACAGAGAGAUGAAGGACAAAACUACACCUGUACCUGCCAGCCAGGUUUUGAGGGAGACCGCUGUCAGUCAUUGGUAGAUCACUGUGUUUCUGGACCCUGCAGGAAUGGAGCCACUUGCUCCAGCAGCCUAGAAGGACCUCACUGCUAUUGUGCUGAAGGUUAUCAGGGUGCCAUGUGCGAGCAGAAGAUUGAUCUCUGUGCUUCUGGGCCCUGCCACAAUAAUGCCAGCUGCUACCCACAGGGUGCUGGUUUGGGCUUCAGCUGCACCUGUCCUGCAGGUUUCACCGGACCCACCUGCGCCCAGCUAGUGGACUUCUGUGCCCUCAACCCAUGCGCUCACGGCAUCUGCCGCAGCAUCGGCACUAGUUAUAGGUGUCUGUGUGUACCAGGUUAUCAUGGUCUGUACUGUGAGGAGGAGUAUAAUGAAUGCUUGUCUGCUCCCUGUCAGAAUUACGCCACAUGCAGAGACCUGAUCAAUGCCUACGAGUGCAUCUGCGCCCCACAGUUCACAGGUAAGCACUGUGAGAUAUAUAAGGACCCCUGUCUGAGGCUCAGGUGCCAGAAUGGAGGACGCUGUGAGAGUGGAGGGAGAAACGCAUCCUGUGUGUGUCCUACAGGAUAUACGGGUGAGAACUGUGAGGUUGACAUCAAUGAGUGUGAGAGCAACCCAUGUCACCAUGGCGGCACCUGCAUCGACCAAUCAAACGGCUACACCUGUCACUGCCCCUCUGGGUGGGUCGGCGGAAGCUGUGAGAUCCAUCUGCAGUGGAAGAUGGCUCAGCCGGUCGACUCGCUGACCAACAUGCCACGUCACUCUCUGUACAUAAUCAUUGGUGCUCUGUGCGUGGCUUUCGUCUUGAUGCUCAUCAUCCUCAUCGUUGGCAUCUGUCGCAUCAGCCGUAUCGAGUACCAGGGCUCCUCCCGUCACACCUACCAGGAGUUUUACAACUGCCGCAGUAUCGACAGUGAUUUCAGCAACGCCAUCGCCUCUAUUCGCCACGCGAGGUUUGGGAAGAAAUCCAGACCAGCAAUGUAUGAUGCGACUCCCAUCAGUUAUGAAGAUUACAGCCCUGAUGACAAGCCUUUAGUCACACUCAUUAAAACUAAAGAUUUGUGAGGCAAUACAUCUGCACACACACACACACACACACACACACACACACACACACCGCAUACACACAGCCACUGUUGCAGCCUUUAAAAUGAGUCAAUCCGUGCAGUAUUUCUUUCCAGAGAAUAGAUUUAAAAAAUGAAUCAAACCUUACAAAAAACUUUUGAAAUUGAUAUAUUUUAUCAUUGUAAACCAUGAAGCUUUUAAUUCAUAUCAGGCACUAGGAGUGCUGCACAGAAUUAGUUAAUGGAAUAGUCCCAAACAAAUGUGCUUUGUUUGCAGACGCAAAUGUUUUGUGGAAUGUAAGUAGACGAAUAACAAGCUACAUUGCAAAAUGUGUGUGAGAGGGGGUGUUUAACCGAACCCUUCCACCCUAUAGACUCUGAUUACAAAUAUGAUAGCAGCAAUCCAAGCAAAAGCUGUAGAAUUAGGAGUAAUAGAGCUCAUAGUACAGUUAAACUAUAACUUUAUACAGAAGAAUUAAAAGAUAAGACAAUGUAGGUUGCCUUACUGGUGCAUGGAUAGGAUCAGUGGUUCGGCAUUACUCUGUAACCUUAUGUACAUUGUUGUUUGCUGUUUCUUUCUUCUUGUUCAUUGUGGUCUCUUUUGUGUUAUAAACUUGGUGUUAGCAAAGUCUUAAGAUACCACUGUCCAUGUGAAGGCAGCACAACAAGUGCUUUUAAAAGUAAUAUUUGGUGGUGUCGUUUCACUUAGUAAUAAACUAGGCCUCCUGAUCUAUA